AUCUGUUCCUCACAGGAGAGAGAGUGUGUGAGAGAGAGAGAUAUAGAGAGAGAGACAGAGAGAGCAAGAGGGUGGAAUAUCCAUUCUGUGUGUGACAGGAAAACUGAAUAAAAAAACUGAAAGUCUAGUAACAGAAAAGAGGGGUAAACAUAUGACAACCAAACGGAGGGACCCUGAAAAGUGAGAACAGGUUAAGAAACCCACUGGUGAACUUCCUGAUUUGGAUUACGUCUGCUCACCUGAUUUCACUUCCUGUCUCCAUCGGUGACAACGCCUACCAACAGUUGCCAUGGGCGAAAUGGAGGAGCUGAGAAAGGAGGCGGACAACCUCAAAGAUCAGAUCACUGAGGCCCGGAAGGUAGUGCAGGACACCACCCUGCAGGAGGCGGUUGCUGGGACGACGCUGGUGGGGCGUGUCCAGCUGAAGACCAGGAAGACGCUGAGGGGUCACCUGGCCAAGAUCUAUGCCAUGCACUGGGGCACUGACACCAAGUUGUGUGUCAGUGCCUCUCAAGAUGGAAAGCUGAUAGUGUGGGACACCCUGACCACCAACAAGGUGAACGCCAUCCCUCUGAAGUCCUCGUGGGUGAUGACGUGUGCCUACGCGCCCUCAGGGAACAUGGUGGCGUGUGGCGGUCUCGACAACAUGUGCUCCAUCUACAACCUCAAGGGCAAGGACGGCAACGUCAAGGUCAUGCGUGAGCUGGCCGCACACACAGGUUACCUGUCCUGCUGUCGUUUCCUUAACGACAGUGAGAUCAUCACCAGCUCUGGCGACUGCACCUGUAUUCUAUGGGACAUUGAGACAGGGACAGAGAAGACCAUCUUUGCGGGCCACUUGGGUGACUGCAUGUCCCUGGCCGUGUCCCCCGACUUCAAGAUGUUCAUCUCGGGGGCGUGUGACUUCACGGCCAAACUGUGGGACAUCAGGGAAGCCACCUGCAGACAGACGUUCAGCGGCCACGAGAGUGACAUCAACGCCAUCGGGUUCUUCCCCAAUGGUAAUGCGGUUAUAACGGGCUCAGACGAUGCCACCUGUAAGCUGUACGACCUGAGGGCAGAUCAGGAGCUCAUCACCUACCAGGACUCGGGCAUCAUGUGUGGGGUGACCUCCCUCGCCGCGUCCCUCUCCGGCCGACUUCUCCUGGCCGGAUACGAUGACUUCAACGUCAAUAUCUGGGACAUGCUUAAAGCCGAGAGAGUGGGAGUGCUGGCUGGUCAUGACAACAGGGUGAGCUGCAUCGGAGUAUCCUCGGACGGAAUGGCAUGCUGCACAGGAUCCUGGGACAGCUUCCUGAAGAUAUGGAACUGAGCCAGUCCUCUAGAGAACAGAGAACGAAAGACUAAGAGGAGAUAGAGGAAGGGUAUCGUGAAAAACUGGUAGAUUGAAGAGGGGGGACUAGGAAGUUGUGGGUUAAAGGUUAUUUUUUUAUUGUGCCAAGUCUUAUUUCGAUUUGAGAGGAUUAUGAUGAGAAAGUCUCAUCUCUUCCUACUUCUAACUCAAGUUUAGAGUUUGGCGGGUGGGGGACUUUUGUAGAAAAACAUCAAUGAAUGACUGAUUUGUCAAGGUUAACUGAAUUCUAGCAUUAUAGAAAAUGCAGGAAAAUAUUCAUGUCAAAAGAGCAGUUGCCAAAAUGGAAACCGUAGAGACUUGGAUGAAAUAGCAGGAUAAGUUUUUUUUUUUUUUUUUUUUUUUUUAAAUAACCACUGAUAGACUGUAGGUUUACAAUAACUAGGUUGUUACGUACUUUUAUAUUCGAGGCGAGUUAAAAUGUUUUGUCAGAGGAUGAAUGUGUAAGCAUUAAAAUUUGCAUCGAACAGAUGUUUGGGUGUUGGUUAGAAUUCCCUUGUUAGUUCAGUUUCUUUCCCCUUAUAUUUUUACAGUCACAUUUGAAUGCAGAUUUCUACAUUAGUGUGUGUCUGAAAGUUGAUGCAUGUACAUGUUUAGUAGGAUAUGUUUACCAUGAGUUGGGGUCUAACCUCUUGGCCUACUUCCCAAUGGCUGGACAGAUGGGAUGAUAGAUCUUAUGGUGGACUGACAAAGGCAGCUGUACAAAAACCACGUUUCACAUUUGUCAGAGGACUGGAGGAAACUUGCCUGGUUGUGUAUAUCUAAGUGACGGUAACGGCUACACAUGUGAUUUGUUUUACCACCUGUUGUGCAAGCGAAACAUAACAGCGACUCUGUACAGCACAAUAUCUCAAUGUGAAGUGGCUACGUUUCUUUCCAAUGGCAUCACACACAAGUGACAAGUUGGACAGCCUUUCUAUACCAUCAGAACAGAC